CCAUUUUUCCAUUUGUGAAAACGUAGCAGCCAAUAUUUUGACUAAUACACUGUUCUGUUCUUCACCUAAUUCUUUUCUUCUUCUAAUAAUAACGUGCUGCUAAGUCCUAAAGCUCCUCUUUGGAGCUCCAAUUAACUCCAAACUACCAAAAUCCAGAGCAGGUUUAACAAAGAAUGGGGGUUGGAGGACGUGAAGUGGCGAUUUCAUUGGAUGGAGUGAGGGACAAGAAUAUGAUGCAAUUGAAGAAAAUCAAUACUGCAAUUUUCCCAGUUCGCUACAACGAUAAGUAUUACACUGAUGCCAUUGCCUCUGGUGAUUUCACCAAGCUAGCAUAUUACAGUGAUAUUUGUGUAGGUUCAAUUGCAUGUCGCCUUGAGAAGAAGGAAGCUGGGGCUGUUCGUGUUUACAUAAUGACUCUGGGUGUUUUGGCUCCAUAUCGUGGGCUAGGUAUUGGCAAAAUGUUGUUGAACCAUAUCCUCAAUCUUUCUGCCAAGCAGAACGUUAGCGAGAUUUAUUUGCAUGUGCACACAAUUAACGAAGAUGCCCUCAAUUUCUAUAAGAAAUUUGGAUUUGAGGUUACUGAUAAAAUCCAAAAUUAUUAUACAAACAUAACCCCACCAGACUGUUUUGUCCUGACCAAGUUCAUCACUCAAACGAAGAAAUAGAUAGUCUCAGCUACUUUGAUUGAGCCUUGGUCAAACCUUCACAUUAUCUUUGAGGUUCUGAGCUUUCUGGUUCUAGUUUUUGCUACUUAUGAGUAAUGUGCCACCCAUUGAAUUGUUAGUGUAAGCCCUUUUCUGUUCUAUCUUAUCCUAUCUGCAACAACAUCAAAGUUGAAUGAUUUCCCUGUAAUAGAAAUAGUGCAGUUCAAUGCAAACAUUCGAGUUUGGUUAAUGAAAUGGUCACCAGAUAAAUGAAUGCAAGUUAUGCAUGUUGCAUAUAA